AUGAACGACCACUUCGCUGCUGUCGGCGAUGAGCCGGACGCUCAAAAUUACGAGCAUGGCAUCCAAGUCAUUGACGACCAGAAAGACUUCAAUGUCGCGGUCAACAAAUACCUCCAAAAAGUCCACGUCGCCGAGGCGGGGUUCAACUACCACCUCAUCUCCGUCUUCGGCUCCCAGUCCACCGGAAAGUCGACGCUGCUGAACAACCUGUUUGGUACCGACUUCUCCGUCAUGUCCGAGACGAUGCGACAGCAAACCACCAAGGGUAUCUGGAUGUCCAAGAACAAGAAGGAGUCAUCCGGCAUGGCCGAGAACAUUCUCGUGAUGGACGUGGAGGGAACCGACGGUCGCGAGCGUGGCGAGGACCAGGACUUCGAGAGGAAGAGCGCCCUGUUCGCCUUGGCUACGAGUGAGGUCCUCAUCGUGAACCUCUGGGAGACCCAAGUCGGUUUGUAUAACGGUGCGAAUAUGGGUCUGCUGAAGACCGUCUUCGAGGUCAACCUGCAGCUCUUCCUCAAGGACAAGCAGUCGAGUCUCAGAUCCCUGCUCUUCUUCGUCAUUCGAGACCACCUCGGCACGACCCCUCUCGCGAACCUGCGCAACACCCUGAUCCAGGACCUGACCAAGAUUUGGACGUCUAUUUCCAAGCCCCAGGGUCUUGAGAAUUCCCGCAUCGAGGACUACUUUGACUUUGCCUUCGCCGCCCUCCCCCACAAGAUUCUCCAGGCCGAUAAGUUCACGACUGAGAUUCAGAACCUGGGGAAGAGGUUCGUUGCGGGGCACCGAUCGGGUGGAUCCACAAGUCAGGAGUUUGAAGGCGGUGUGUUCCUGCCCGAGUACCACCGCCGCAUUCCCGCCGACGGAUUCUCGAUUUACGCCGAGGGUAUCUGGGACCAGAUUGUCAACAACAAGGACUUGGACUUGCCAACACAGCAAGAGCUUCUUGCUCAGUUCCGCUGCGACGAAAUCUCCCGAGAGGUUCUGAUUGGUUUUGACAAUGCUGUUGUGCCAUUGGAGGAGAAGCAGACCGAGUCUACAAGGCUUGGAAAGCCCGCCGUGUUGGCAGAGCUUGGUGUUACUGGCCGUGAGUCCCGCGAGAAGUGCCUGAAGGCAUUCGAGAUCCAAGCCAGCCGAUACCACAAGGGCGUCUACACGCGCAAGCGCCAAGACUUGGAGGGCAAGAUUGACGCCAGGCUUAAGACGCUAUACAACGCACAGCUGACUGCUGCACACAAGUCGGGUAUUGCUUCGUUCAGUGAUGCUGUUUCGGGUGCUGUCAAGGCUGGCCAGAAGUCCGGUGCCGCCUAUGAGUUCGCCGAGAUCGUCACCGAGGAGAAGAAGAAGACUCUUGAGUUCUUCCAGACCGAAGCCGAAAGUCUCGCCAUUCCGAGUGUCGCGUGGUCUAACUUUAAGUCGCAAUACGUGUUGUUCGAGAAGGAGCUUGAUGAUGUGAGCGGCAAGCUGCGCAAGGAGGAGAUGCGUCGGUUGGCCACGAGGGUUGAGAGAUGGGUCAAGUCCCGAUUGGGCGACGCCGUUGGGCUGGAGUUCAACAAGUUGGGCUCCGGUAGGGCUGGUUCUGGCGCCCCCGAGACUGGUGAAAAACCGACCGAGAAGGAUCUCUGGGAUCGUAUCUGGACCGUGUUCGUCGACAUUGUCAAGGAUGCCCAGGGCAGGUUUACUGAGCGUGCCAAGAGUUUCGAGGCUACGCAAGAGGAGGUUGACAUUGGCCUCUGGCGCCUGAGGCGCAAGAGUUGGGUGGCUCUGCGUGAGAAGAUUGAGGAGGAAGUGAUGGAGGGCAAUAUCCUGUUGAAGUUGAGGGAAAACUUUGAGGAUAAGUUCAGAUACGACGAGGCUGGUGUCCCUCGGAUCUGGCGACCCACAGACGACAUCGAGGGCAUCUACACCAAGGCGCGAGAGUCUACGUUGACUCUCAUCCCUCUGCUAUCGAAAUUCAAGUUGUCAGAAUCUCUCAGCUCCCCGGACCUGCCCGCCUGGAUUGGCGGACAGCCUCGCGGCGUUGAAGCUAGCGACGAGGAGGACCUGACUCCAAUUGGUGGUGUUGACGAAGAGGACGGCAAGAGCCUUGAGGAGGAGAUGACGGUGCUUAGCGAGAGUAAGCGCCAAGACCUUGUCAUUCGCUUCAAGAAGACGGCAGAUGGCGUCUACGUCGAGGCCAAGCGCAGCGCCAUUGGCUCUGUCGCUCAAGUACCUCUGUAUUUCUACGCUCUCCUCGUUGCCCUGGGAUGGAACGAGAUUGUUGCCGUCCUGCGCAACCCGUUCCUUUUCAUUUUCCUCAUCUUGCUGGCUGGAGGCACUUAUGUCGCCUACACGCUGAACAUGCUGGGCCCCAUGUAUCAGAUGGCCAAUGCGGCGGCAAACCAGGGUGUUGAGAUUGGCAAGCAGAAGUUGAGAGAGUUCAUCGAGAACUCAGACACUGCCCGACAGGCGCUGGCCAUGCCCUCCCGGGCCGACAGCUCCAUCAGUAUGGACACUUUGGACAGUCGGGGCAAGAAGAAGAGCUCGGAGGAUGAUAUUGAUGACAUCUAG